AGAAGGCGGGUUGUCACGUUUCUACAAGCCUUUCAGUGAGAAGGGAAACCUUGCCUAAGUCCUCGUAGUUGAGAAAUCUCUAAGAGGUGAAGCUGAACCCAGAUCUACACAUACAGCUAAUCUUAUCAAAAUGUGUGAAAGUAAAGCAAUCUGAAGGAAAUUCAGUACCAUGCGGUGUACUGACUGAAAUACAUCACAUUGCUCAUACCAAGAAUAAGAGUGGAGAACGACCAUUUUUUUCCUGCUAAAAUGGUGGAGGCAGAAGAGCAACAGCCAUGGAAGACGGACUUCUAUUCUGAAUUGCCAAAAGUGGAACUUCAUGCCCACUUGAAUGGAUCCAUUAGUUCUCAUACCAUGAAGAAAUUAAUAGCCCAGAAGCCAGAUCUUAAAAUCCACGAUCAGAUGACUGUGAUUGACAAAGGAAAGAAAAGAACUUUAGAAGAAUGUUUCCAGAUGUUUCAAACUAUUCAUCAACUUACUAGUAGCCCUGAAGAUAUUCUAAUGGUCACAAAAGAUGUCAUAAAAGAAUUUGCAGAUGAUGGUGUCAAGUACCUGGAACUAAGGAGCACACCCAGAAGAGAAAGUGCUACCGGAAUGACUAAAAAGACUUAUGUGGAAUCUAUACUUGAAGGUAUAAAACAAUCCAAACAAGAAAACUUAGACAUUGAUGUUAGGUAUUUGAUAGCAGUUGACAGAAGAGGUGGCCCUUUAGUAGCCAAGGAGACUGUAAAACUUGCCGAGGAGUUCUUCCUUUCUACUGAGGGUAUAGUUCUUGGCCUUGACCUCAGUGGAGACCCGACUGUAGGACAAGCAAAAGACUUCAUGGAACCUCUUUUAGAAGCUAAGAAAGCAGGUCUGAAGUUGGCAUUGCAUCUUUCAGAGAUUCCAAACCAAAAAAAAGAAACACAAAUACUCCUGGAUCUGCUUCCUGACAGAAUCGGGCAUGGAACAUUUCUCAACUCCGGUGAGAGAGGAUCCCUGGAUCUGGUGGACUUUGUGAGGCAACAUCGGAUACCACUGGAACUCUGUUUGACCUCAAACGUCAAAAGUCAGACAGUUCCAUCUUAUGACCAGCACCAUUUCGGAUUCUGGUACAGCAUUGCCCAUCCUUCUGUGAUCUGUACUGAUGAUAAGGGUGUUUUUGCAACACACCUGUCUCAAGAGUACCAGCUGGCAGCUGAAACAUUUAAUUUGACCCAGUCUCAGGUGUGGGAUCUGUCUUAUGAAUCCAUCAGCUACAUCUUUGCUUCUGACAGCACCAGAUCUGAACUGAGGAAGAAAUGGAAUCACCUGAAGCCCAGAGUGUUACAUUUUUAAGCUGUAAUGAGGUGAACUACUUCUGAGUAUGUGUUGCAAUCAAGGUCCUGCCAUAUCCCACUUAGUGAAACAGUCCACCACUCCUUGGAAGCAUAGCAGCGAAGUUCCUUGUGCUCUAUCACCAGCACCUUAUAUGUGGCAGGUACUCAGUAAAUAUGUGUCUUCAACUGACUCACAAGCUCUCAGGUGCUUACUGGGUGGGAUUUGACUGUUGUUGCUAAUUAAAUCCCCAUUCCACCAGUGAUUAUUGCGACUCAGUAGUCCUUCCCCAUUAGUGAUCAUAAAACUUCAGGGAAAUCAAAGUUUCUCAUCAGGAAAUGUUUUGGAAUUCCUAGUAUAAAGUUAGGAAAGGGGGGAAAUUAGGUUACUGCCAAGACCUUUAAGCCUUCUAAACAGCUUUAUAUUUUAUUGUGUUUACCUUCAUCAGACUCCCUUCACUUGCUUUAAGUUUUUAAAAGUAUUCCCCAGCCAGAUGUGGUGGCUUAUGCCUGUAAUCCCAGCACUUUGGGAGGCCAAAGGGGGCAGAUUGCUUGACCCCAGGAGUUCAGUACCAGCCUAGGCAACAUGGAGAAACCCUGUCUCUACAAAAAGAAACAAACAGAAAUUAGCCAGGCACGGUGGUGCACGCCUGUAGUCCUAGCCACCAGGGAGGCUGAGGUGGGAGGAGACCUGAACCCAGGGAUGUUCGAGGUUGCAGUGAGGUGUGAUGCCACAGCACUCCAGCCUGGGUGACAGAGUAAGACCCUGUCUCAAAAAAAAAAAAAGUAUUCUCCAAGAUCCCAAGACCAUUGACACCAGGUCACAUUGUAUACCAGGGAUUGUGUGAAUGCCUGGGGAUGACCCUAGUGACAGACAAAGCUAGUUGCUGAGAUCUGGUUUUGCCCUCUUUACGAUUGUCCCAUCAGUACUAGAAAGAGAUUGAAGUCAUUGCUCCAAUUUUGGAAGAGGAGAGAAUAACUGGCUGAGGGGUGAGAAAGACAGAAAUAGCUGCAGCUUUCUUUUUUUUUUUUUUUUUUUUCCGUUCCAGCACAGGCUCUCACUCUGUUGCCCAGGCUGGAGUGCAGUGACUUGAUCACAGAUCACUGCAGCUUUCAGUUUUAAAAACAGCUUCUAUUACAUUUUCUUUGUGGAAGAUUAUUUCCACCUUAGUACUCACUUUCUGGUGGGUCUAAAAGAUACCUCUAGUAGUGGCAACAUUGUGUUAAGUAGAGUUCAUUGGGCCUGUUGUAACCCUACCACUACAGGAUGGACCACUGGUGCAGGCUUACAAAACACACAUACUGGGACCAUUUCAGCUGAAGACAAGGGACAAACUAAGACAGUUCUGAAAGGUAAAAAAAAAAAAAAAGCAAACAAAAAACGAGCGUAUUAGAUACCAAGUAUGCUUGAAUUGCUUUUGCUCUUUAGAAUGUGGUGUUUCCCUGGUAUCAUAAGAAGUUAAAGGCCUGAUUGACAACCCUAAAUUUAACAUUACUAAGGUUUUCUGAUAGGUUUCUGUGAUAUCGUAAAGUAUAUUUGGUCUUUGACCCUGUUUCCUGGCAUACUGCUCCUAAAAUCCUUAAUGUCUCCAGAAUGAUGCCUUUUUGUAUCUGAUGAGUUGACUGCUGGCUGGCAGCCCCUACUGGAAAGACCAAGGCAUGAUUAGAGUUGGGACUUUCAGUCCUCCCCCAAACUCUUGGGAGAAGGGCUGAAGGUUAAGUUGAUCACCAGUGACCAGUGGUAAUCAUACCUUCAUAAUGAAACCUCCAUAAAACUCCAGAAGAACAGAUUUUGGAGCACUUCCAGGUAACUGAGCAUGUGGCGGUCCGUAGAGGGUGCUGUACCUGAAGAGGGUAUAGAAGCUCCUGUCCCUUCCCACAUGCCUUGCUCUAUCCAUUUCUUCAUCUCUAUCCUUUGUACUGUCCUUUAGAAUAAACCAGUGAACCUAAGUGUU